CGCUCCGCGGAUCGCUGGGUCCUGCAAACGCGCGCCGGGCGCUUUCCCCGGAGCUCCGCGGUGCGUGCGAGCGCCCUUUUGCAGCAGCCGCGGCGGCGGCGGCCCGAGGGGGCGGAGAGGAGGGGGCCGCGGCCCGGCGGCCGGGCGGCCGGGGGGCGGCGUCCCCCCUCAAAACCGCCUGCAAAGAGCUCGGGGCUGCAGAAGCAGGCCGCCGGCUCCGCGGAGCAAGCCGCUUGUCCCGGGGUUGAACGAGCGCGCCGGGCUGCCAGGCAGCGCCGCGGUUGCUAGUGGGCGCCGGUGCCCUCGGCGCUGGGCUCGGGCUCACCAUGCCCCUGAGGGGCCGGGCUGCCGGGCACAAGCGGAUCCCCGGCUUGCCCCCGCCUCGACGCGCUCGGAUUAGCUGUAGCCGGCACCCAAGGAUUUGAAUCCGGACUCCGGCAGGGAGCGCGCCUAGGCCGACCUCCGAGUGGCGGCCCCGCGGCCAACAUGCUUCGAAAAGGGUGCUGUGUGGAACUAUUGCUGCUGCUGCUGGCUGGGGAGCUGCCCCUGGGUGGCGGCUGCCCGCGAGACUGCGUGUGCUACCCGGCACCCAUGACGGUCAGCUGCCAGGCGCACAACUUCGCCGCCAUCCCCGAGGGCAUCCCAGAGGACAGCGAACGCAUCUUCCUGCAGAACAACCGCAUCACCGUCCUCCAGCAGGGCCACUUCAGCCCGGCUAUGGUCACCCUGUGGAUCUACUCCAACAACAUCACCUUCAUUGACCCCAACACCUUCGAGGGCUUCGUGCACCUGGAGGAGCUGGACCUUGGCGACAACCGGCAGCUGCGGACGCUGGCGCCGGAGACCUUCCAGGGCCUGGUGAAGCUGCACGCCCUCUACCUCUACAAGUGUGGGCUCAGCGCCCUGCCCGCAGGCAUCUUCGGCGGGCUGCACAGCCUGCAGUACCUCUACCUGCAGGACAAUCACAUCGAGUACCUCCAGGACGACAUCUUCGUGGACCUGGUCAACCUCAGCCACCUGUUCCUCCAUGGCAACAAGCUGUGGAGCCUGGGCCAGGACACGUUCCGGGGACUCGUGAACUUGGACCGGCUGCUGCUGCACGAGAACCAGCUGCAGUGGGUCCACCACAAGGCUUUCCACGACCUCCGCCGGCUGACCACCCUCUUUCUCUUCAACAACAGCCUGUCGGAGCUGCAGGGCGACUGCCUGGCGCCCUUGGGAGCCCUGGAGUUCCUCCGCCUCAACGGGAAUGCCUGGGACUGCGGCUGCCGGGCGCUCUCGCUGUGGGAAUGGCUGCGGAGGUUCCGCGGCUCCAGCUCUGCGGUCCCCUGCGCCUCCCCCGAGGCGCGCCAAGGCCAGGACCUGAAGCUGCUGAAGGCCGAGGACUUCCGGAACUGCACGGGGCCAGCCUCGCCGCACCAGAUCAAGUCGCACACGCUCACCACCACCGACAGGGCCGCUCGCAAGGAGCACUACCCGCCCCGCGGCCCCGCCAGGGACAAGGGCCACCCUCAUGGCCACCUGCCCGGCUCCCGCCCAGGCUACAGGAAGCCCGGCAAGAACUGCACCAGCCACAGGAAUCGCAACCAGGUGUCCAAGGCGGGUGCCGGGAAGCAGGCCCACGAGCUGCAGGACUACUCCCCUGACUACCAGCACAAGUUCAGCUUUGACAUCCUGCCCACCACCCGGCCCAAGAGGAAGGGCAAGUGUGCCCGCAGGACCCCCAUCCGUGCCCCCAGCGGGGUGCAGCAGGCCUCUUCGGGCAGUUCCCUGGGAGCCUCCCUCCUGGCCUGGAUACUGGGGCUGGUGGUCACUCUUCGCUGAGGACCUGGGCCACCAGCACCCAGCACUGCCACACGUCCACCAAGGAACAGAAUCUCUUUUCUUUUUUUGAACAAGUGGAGGGUCUGCUGGGUUUCGGGCAAAGGCUGGUAAAGGCUUCAGCUGCUGUCUGGGCCCUGCCCCCGUGGAUUAUAAAACCCAAAGUGUACAGCCCCAAAGUGGGAAGGGAUUUGAGCAUCACACCCAGCUGUCCCAGCCAGGCCCUGGUGAGCGCCCGCAGACAGCAUCCAUCCGGCAAGGCAGUUAAAGCACGCAAAAUGAAUCCUUCAUUAGCAACAAUGGGACAGUGCCCCCCGCCCACCCAGGAGCUGGGCUCUGUGGAAUCCCAGUCACUGGAGAGGUCUGAAGGGCCCCGCCAUUCCUGGAGGAAGCAGGACUCAGAGGAGAACAGACGAGGCUCACCCAAGCGGCUGGGUGGCCCAGCCAUUUGGGAGCACAGGAGCAGGUGACAUUUUGGCCCUUGCCUGAGGCCACAGAGUCAACCUGCCCUCAUUCCAGCCCUUAGUCUCUCCCCCAGGGGGGAACGCCUCUCAUUCCUGAUGUCUCAGGCAACCCUGGCAGACCCAGGCCCAGCUGCUGGGCUCCAAGAACCAAUUACCAAAGGAAAGAUCAUCAGAGGCUGAAAUUCAGAACUGCAUCGAAUGCAGUGAGGCUCUCACAGGAGGUGAAGUUAUAACUUGACUUAUAACUAAACUUGACUUAUAACUUGACUUAUAACUAAGUCAACUUAUAUAUAUAUACAUGUAUAUAUAUAUAUAUAUAUACACACUGUCCACACACAUGCACAGGGCCCCUCCCCACUCCCCUACCAAACUGUAUGUCUUCUCAUGUUUAUAAACUAUACAGAAAACUAUAUCUGUUGAACUAAGGGUUGUAUUGGUGAUUUCUAGCAAGAGAAGAGUUGUAGGGUUUUUGUCUAGAAUCCCAGCCUGGCAAUGACAGUCCCCGUCAUAACCUGGGCUUGCCAGGGCCUAGGGCAAAGUGUCAGUGGGAAGGGCCAGGGAGAAGAAGGGGAGGCAGCAAGAAUCACUUCAGGGGACCAAUCUUCGAUGUUUAGAGCAUCGCCUUGUUUUUAUAUGCAACACAAGUCCGGCUGCCACCCCAGAGCACCCCAUCACCCCCACUGUACCGGGGGUCGUUGUCAGGGGCGAGAAGUGAGAAGCAGCUCAUGGGACAUCAGGGAGUCAGGCCCUAGGGGAGGGCUUGAUGGAGAAGGGAACCAGGAGGGGCUCUGGGUCUUUUUUUUGCCGAUGGGCAGGCAGCAACCACAGUGUUAGCUCAAGAGGCCGGGCAGUGUCAUCGUUGGCCUAGCAUUUUUGCCAGUGACAGUCUGGACAGGCUGGGGAGACUCCGGGCAUGAGCCCAGGACUCCAGCACGGCUCAGCUGCUGAAUUUUUCCUUGAGGCUCUUUGAUGGCCAGCCCAGCAAGGGUCCUGUGCUCUGUGGCAGGAGGGAAAGCAUCAGGUGGCCUUAGCAGAAGGGGAACAAAGAGGGCAUUUCAAGAACCAUCUCAGGCAUUUCUGCGUUACGGAGGCCCCCUCCCUCCUGGCCCUUCUGAAGAUGCCCAGGGACCGGCGGCGGUGGUGGAGGGGGCCAGACUCAGGGGUCAGGAGUGGGGAUGUGUGCAGGGCAUGGAACAGGCAAGCCCAGUCAGGGGACAGUGGCUCCAGUCAAGGUUGGCCAUGCUGCUGACCAGGGCCCUGCUGGGCGCCAUCUCCUCUGAGCUCUGCCCAAACCUGAAUUCCCCACCAGAGAGGAUAUGUGUGAGGAGCAAGAAACACUGAAUCCAAUGAAGAGAGAAAAACAAUAAUAAAAAAAAUUUCUCUUGGACAAGAA